AAAGAUCUGAAUCCCUCACCUGCUCCUUCGAACGCUUAAAUUUGCUCGAGGGCUCGAGCAAGGUGUACCGGCCGCUCAAACAGACAUUUCCAGCGCCCUCCACCCUUGGACUCUUUUCGCCUUUCUCGCGCUCUCCAUGGCUACCAUACCAGUUAAUCCUAAGCCUUUCUUGAAUAACUUGACGGGGAAGACUGUUAUAGUAAAACUCAAAUGGGGAAUGGAAUAUAAAGGUUUUCUUGCUUCCGUUGAUUCUUACAUGAACCUACAGCUAGGCAACACUGAAGAAUAUAUUGAUGGACAAUUCACUGGAAAUUUGGGAGAGAUUUUGAUCAGAUGCAACAAUGUUCUGUAUCUUCGUGGUGUCCCCGAGGAUGAAGACAUAGAGGAUGCUGAACGUGACUGAGAAAGAGAUUGGCAGACAUUGAAUUGUAUAACUGUUGUAGUUUUUACCUUGGAUUAAUCCCAAGUGAAACCUUUAGUUGAUUAAAAUGUUACAUUCAACGCCUAGACACGAGAUGGCUUGAUGGUUUAGUCUUGUCGUACUAUUACUAGUUAAUUUUUGUAUCUCA